AUGGCCAUUCCAGACGCGGAUAUUUACCCGGAAGCCACCGGCCCGGCCAAAGCGCUGGUCGAGCGACACCAAGCCGAGCAGCCAUUGAAGCUGUAUGCAGGCUGGUUCUGUCCCUUCGUUCAACGCGUCUGGCUCGCCCUCGAAGAAAAGCAAAUCCCUUACCAAUACAUCGAAGUCAAUCCCUACCACAAACAACCCUCCUUCCUCGCUUUGAACCCCCGCGGCCUGGUCCCCACCAUCGCCGUCCCGGAUCCCUCCACCAACAUCUCCAAGCCCUUGUACGAGUCCACCGUGAUCCUAGAAUACCUCGAAGAAGCCUACCCAGACCACACCCCACUCCUCCCAAGCGACCCCUACCUGCGCGCCCGGUGCCGCAUCUGGAACGACUUCAUGACCUCGCGCAUCAUCCCCUCCCUGCACCGCUUUCUCCAAUACCAGCCCUCCACGCGCGGAAUCGAAGGCCUGCACCAAGCCCGCCAGGACUUCCUCUCCACGCUGAAGGAAUGGUCGAGGGAGAUCCACCCGACCGGGCCCUAUUUUCUGGGCGAGGAGUUCACACUCCCGGAUGUGGUGCUCGCACCGUGGGCGUUCCGGCUCUGGGUGUUCGACGAGUACAAAGGGGGCCUUGGUAUUCCGGGCCCUGGAGAGGGCGGCGAGGAUGAGGAGGUUUGGGGGAAGUGGAGGAAGUGGUUUGCUGCAGUGCAGAAGCGGAGGAGCUCGAAGGAGACAAUGAGUGAGACGGAGCACUAUCUGCCUAUCUAUAAGCGGUAUGCGGAUGAUUUGGCAGAGAGUUGGUUGGCCAGGGCUACAAGGGAGGGGAGAGGGGUUCCGUGA